CAGAAUUUUGAAUGUUCUUCAGACUUUAGAUUUAUUUAUUUUUUCAGAAUUUGACUUUUUCAGAAGGACGAUUCUUUCCCCCAGAAUUUGUACAUCUUAGAAAAAAAUAUUUUGAUUUGAAUUAGUGAACCCAUGAUUUGUAUUUGCCUGCUGAUAGAUGCAGUGCAUAUACAUUGUAGUAAAUGACUGACAAGAAAAUGCAUUUUCCCGGAUUUUUACGUGUCUUUUAUUGGCCGCUGCACGCUGCCUGCAUCCCAUAAUGCUGCAGCUUCAUUCUUCGGCUCAUGGUGACGUCGUUGCGCGCCUAACCGAGUCUGGUGUGAUUUAAAAACAGAAAUAGGGGGCGGAGGACUGAAGGACGCAACCAUUUCACACCUCCAUUGAGAACAAGCCUGUUAUUAAUAACUCUUAUUAUUAUUAUUAUCGGAGGAGGAGGAUUUGUGGAUAAAGCGUCAGGAGGAGGAGACGCGCUGCUGCUGGUGCCCACAGAGCCGCGGACACACCGGGGAAACUUAACGCUCAGCUGACGGUGGUUUAUGUGAAGGGAUUUCUGUGGGAACACCGGGAGCUUCACGGCAGUGCCUUCACCGGAGAGACAUCACACAGAGAGGGGGAGGAGGAGCGCUGAUUCGCGGUUUGCAGGAGGAAGGAGAGGACCUGGAGAUCCAUCUCUAAUCUUAAAAUACCGACCCCCCCCCCACUCUCCUCCCACUCACCCAUCCUCCCCCUCCCCGACACUGACAGCUCUGCGACCCGGUCAGUCAGACAGGGAGGAUCUGUGGAGGAUCUGUGGAGGAGAACCAUCACCUCUGGACGCUUUUCAUCCGAGCACCGAGGGGGGAGCAGCCGCUGCAUGAGGACCAGACCGCGGCUCCAGAGCACCGGGGGCUUCAGCAGCUCCGAACUGCGAGAUCACACUGAGGAGAAAUAAUACAAAUAAAGGGGGCGUUCAGGAGCUAUUUCUACAUAAACUCCCCGGAAUAGAAACCAGGUGGUGGGUGGAGACGAAGCACAGCCCAGUGCUGGAUCCCGGGGGGUCUGUCAGCCUGGUAAGGACCCUUGAGACGACGGAGGGUUUAUGGAGGGUUCAGGAUCAGUGAAACCGGGGUCGACAGCCUGCCUCUGGGUGUGGCUGUUCUCUGCUGCCGUCGCCUUCCUGUGCACGGAGGCUCGCACCACCCCAAGCCCCUUAAUCACCCCCAGCAAUGCCACCUGCUCGGGGAACUCCAAAUGCAGAGCGGGGAUCAUCUUGCCCAUCUGGUACCCCGAGGACCCCUCCAUGGGAGACAAGAUCGCCCGGGUCAUUGUGUAUUUCGUGGCCAUGAUCUACAUGUUCCUCGGGGUGUCAAUCAUCUCUGAUCGCUUCAUGGCCGCCAUCGAGGUCAUCACUUCACAGGAGAGGGAACUGGUCAUCAAGAAGCCCAACGGGGAAACGACCACCACCAUGAUCCGGGUGUGGAACGAAACCGUGUCCAACCUCACCCUCAUGGCCUUAGGAUCCUCGACCCCUGAGAUCCUGCUCACGUUAAUCGAGGUCUGUGGACACGGGUUUGUAUCUGGAGAACUCGGGCCGGCUACUAUUGUGGGCAGCGCAGCCUUCAAUAUGUUCGUGAUCAUCGGCAUCUGCGUGUCUGUGGUUCCACAAGGAGAGGUGCGUAAGGUCAAACACCUGCGAGUGUUUUUCGUCACGGCGGGAUGGAGCGUGUUCGCCUACAUCUGGCUCUACAUGAUCCUGGCUGUGUUUUCCCCGAAUGAAGUCCAGGUGUGGGAGGGUCUGCUCACGCUGGCCUUCUUCCCCAUAUGCGUUUUCCUGGCUUGGAUAGCGGACAGAAGACUGCUUUUCUUCAAGUUCAUGCACAAGAAGUACCGCCACGACAAACACCGGGGGGUCAUCAUCGAGACGGAAGGGGAGCGUUCGAAGGGCAUCGAGAUGGACGGCAAGAUGGUGAACUCGCACUUCAUGGACGGAAGCGCCGCCAGCAAUCUCGUCGGGUUGAUCGAGAGCAAAGAGGUGGACGAAUCCCGGCGAGACAUGAUCCGAAUCCUGAAGGAUCUGAAGCAGAAGUACCCGGAGAAAGAGCUGGAUCAGCUGGUGGAGAUGGCCAACUACUACGCCCUGUCGCACCAGCAGAAGAGCCGCGCCUUCUACCGCAUCCAGGCCACCCGCAUGAUGACGGGCGCCGGAAACAUCCUGAAGAAACACGUGGCAGAGCAGGCCAAGAAGAGCGUCAGCAUUCAGGAGAUUCACGUGGAGGAACCGGAGGAAUACGUGUCCAGGAUCACCUUCGACCCCGCCGUCUACCAGUGCCUCGAGAACUGCGGCGCUGCGAUAUUAACCGUCACCAGAAGGGGCGGCGACAUCAACAAGACGAUCUACGUGGAUUACAAGACGGAGGACGGAUCGGCCAACGCUGGGGCCGACUACGAGUUCUCCGAGGGCACGGUGGUGUUCAAACCAGGCGAGAUGUUCAGGGAGAUCAACAUCGGCAUCAUAGACGACGACAUCUUCGAGGAGGACGAGCACUUUUUCGUGCGGCUGGGGAAUCUGCGCGUCCUGGAGACGGAGGACGAGGUGCUGUCGCCCAACAGCCUCCCGUACCCGAAGGCCAUGCUGGGAUUCCCCGCCGUGGCCACCGUCACCAUCUUGGACGACGACCACUCGGGCAUCUUCACCUUCGAGAGCGGCUCGGUGCACAUCAGCGAGAGCAUCGGCAUCAUGGAGGUGAAGGUGCUGAGGACUUCCGGAGCGAGGGGCACGGUCAUUGUGCCGUUUCGCACCGUGGAGGCGAUCGCCAAGGGAGGAGGGGAGGACUUCGAGGACAACUACGGAGAGCUGGAGUUCAAAAACGACGAGACCUGCAAACUUGUUCACGUGAAAAUUAUUGACGAUGAGGAGUAUGAGAAAAACAAGAACUUCUACCUGGAGCUGGCCGAGCCUCGCAUGGUAGACAUGAGUCAGCAGAAAGCCAUGUUGUUAUCAGACGAUGUGUCAGACAGGAAGAUAACGACAGACGAGGAGGAGGCUCGGCGCAUCGCGGAGAUGGGGAAGCCGGUGCUGGGGGAGAACUCCAAGCUGGAAGUGAUUAUCGAGGAGUCGUACGAGUUUAAGAGCACGGUGGACAAGCUGAUCAAGAAGACCAACCUGGCUCUGGUGGUGGGAACCAACUCCUGGAGGGACCAGUUCAUGGAGGCCAUCACCGUCAGUGCAGAUGAGGAGGAGGACGAGAGUGGGGAGGAGCGUCUGCCGUCCUGCUUCGACUACGUCAUGCACUUCCUCACCGUCUUCUGGAAGGUUCUGUUCGCCUGCGUUCCUCCCACCGACUACCUGAACGGCUGGGCGUGCUUCAUCACCUCCAUCGCCAUCAUCGGCAUGCUCACCGCCGUCAUCGGAGACCUGGCGUCGCACUUCGGCUGCACCAUCGGGCUCAAGGACUCCGUCACCGCCGUGGUGUUCGUGGCCCUCGGUACCUCCGUCCCAGACACCUUUGCCAGUAAGGUAUCGGCGGUGCAGGACACGUACGCCGACGCCUCCAUCGGGAACGUGACCGGCAGCAACGCCGUCAACGUGUUCCUGGGCAUCGGCCUGGCCUGGUCGAUCGCGGCCAUCUACUGGCACAUGAAGGGGAAGCCGUUCGUGGUGGAGGCCGGAUCGCUCGCCUUCUCCGUCACCCUCUUCACAAUCUUCGCCUUCCUGGCCAUCUCGGUGCUGCUUUACCGGCGCCGCGCCCACAUCGGAGGGGAACUGGGUGGUCCGCGGGGUCACAGACUGGCCACGUCCGCCUUCUUAUUCGGCCUCUGGUUCCUCUACAUCCUGUUCUCCAGCCUGGAGGCCUACUGUCAUAUAGAGGGCUUUUAAACAGGGGAAUACAAACAUGCAGGGGUUUAAAGUACAACUUCAGAGGGUGGCUUCUCACUGUGGGAUUUUUUGGUCUUGUAUGGUUUGUAUGAACAGGAGAGGUUUGGUUUUCCCAGACGCCUCUAUCUCUCUCCCUCAACCCCUUCUGUAAGGAUGCUCGGUGGCGAGUUUUCUGCAGGAGAAGAUCGCCGUCCUGAGCCGGCGCCAGUCCGCUUACAUUUGGGAUUGGGUCACCAUCGAGUCCAGAAGAUGCCACGCAGACCUGGAAGAGACUGAAGUCUUAUAUCCGGAGAGGGUUGAGUUAAUCAGAGGUCUAUAUUUUUCUCAACGUCUGACGAGAACGACUUUUUCUAAAAAGUAUUUUGGGGAUAAAAACGCAACAGAUAUAAUAAAACAAAAAAAACACACACAAACACAAAUAAAGGAUUAAAAGAACUAUUUUCUGAUCAAUGUUAAGGAAUAGCAAAAUAUCGUAAAUGGGGAAUAUGUUGAGUGACUGAUUGAUUUAUAGUAUUUAUUUUUUAUUUGCAUAGUUUCCUAAGGAGCACUGCAGAGUUCUCAGAAAUCACACGAAGAAGAAGAAGAAGAAGAAGAAGAAGAAGAAGAAGAAGAAGAAGAAGAAGAAGAAGAAGAAGAAGAAGAAGAAGAGAAGAAGAAGAAGAAGAAGAAGAAGAAGAAGAAGAAGAAGAAGAAGAAGAAGAAGAAGAAGAAGAAGAAGAAGAAGAAGAAGAAGAAGAAGAAGAAGAAGAAGAAGAAGAAGAAGAAGAAGAGCGAUCGUGGACACAGUGAACAUGGUCAAACUGCCCUGAACAUUACUUCCGUACUCUAUACGUAUCUAUAUAUAAUAUAUUUCCAUAUUUUCUGUAUAUUUUGAAUAUUUGUUUAAAUGUGGUCACUUUCUGCUCUAAAGAUUGCUGUGGCUAAACGGGAGGGGUGGGGGGGUCAAACUAUAUACUGGAACGAUGUCUUCUUCACAUUUCUAAGAGUUAUGUAUCUUGCCUAGGUAAAAAUAUGACAUUGUAUUUUAUUUAUUUACUGAUAUCUUGGUCUCACUCGAGUUUUCAACUUUUCAAUCAGAAAUCCUAGAAAAAGAAAAAAAACAUGUUGCUGCAGAAAUAAAUUAAGAGGUAUUUUUCUACUGUUCCUUCCGUGCACUUUGCUGUAUAGAUCUAUUUAUUGAGACUUCUACUUGUACGUGUGCAAAAGGCCAAUAUUUAAGGUGUCACUAUGGACCGAACAGAGUGCCUGUGGAGCUGCAGCCGCCCACACUGAGCUGAACAACUGAAGAGCUUCUUCCAGAACCGCUUUUAAAGCUGCCUUUAUAAAAUGUGAGAUUUUAAUACAAAGCAUGUCAUCACAUAACCUUAAUUGCUGCUAGCUGCUUUUACGUUAGCUUCUCCAACUGCAACAUUGGUGUUGUCUGUGCCUGAAUCCCUGGCAUUGCAGCAUUAAACAUAAUCUUGGGCUCUACUUUAUUAAAUAAGUAAAUGAGAACACAAUUCUUUCCAAAUUAAACCACCAGGCAUUUGCAUACAAACAAAGUAUGCAGAAAUGUCUUGUUAAGCUAUUAGAAAAACCCCCAAAAUAUCGCCUUGAAUAUGAUAUAAAACAGAGAAAAGCACCAAAUCAUAUAUUUAAGUUGCUGAAAACAGCAUUUUCUGACAUUUCCGCAUGACAAUUUAAUUUAACAAUGAAUUAUAAUUAUGUUACCAUCAAUAUAAUAAUACUUGCAGAUCUAUUACAAUGGAUUCAGCAUAAACUACUAAGGAUAACUGUGAGCGACACCUUUAAUGUUAAACAUCAUCUAAUCAUUGAUAAAUAUCAAUCAGUGCAUCUACAAUGAAAUAAAAUCUGUUUUCAUGAUAUAAGAGAAAAUCAAAGUGAUUCCAUAAUCAAAUAUGUAGGUGUUAGGUUGGCAGUGCUUCAAAAAAAGACUCAAAUGACAUGUUUUUCCCUUAACAUCUCCCGCUUCUGCUGAUUUUGUAAAGAGUAGGAUUGAAACUCUUCAGUAAAGAGAAGCCAGUGUGGGUAUCAGAGCAGCAGAUAGCUCCAUGAUGAAUUUAAAAGUAGCUUGACAUCGAUACUGAAUGCUGUUUAACACACGACUGGUGCUUUGUUUAUAAAAAACAAUAGAAACAAAUUAUUACUCGUUUAAAACUCCCAAGAAGUAGCAGAAAAAAUAUAUUUAUUACUUAAUUUGCAUAUGUUAGUAUAUAAUCAGUCAAAUAAAAAAAUCACCCAAGAGAUUACCAAAGAGGUGGGAUGCAACAUCUGUUAAAAAAAAUGAUAAAAAUAAAAGUAAAGAAAAAAAUGGUUGCAGUGACACUGUAUUUCCACAAGGGGGAUGUCAAUCUCCAGUCCCUGUGGUUCAUCCCUUCUUCUCACUCCACCUCUUCCUCAGUGUUCUUCCUCUGUGGUGAGCAGUGUUGUAAAUACGUCUUGUGGCUGAUUCGGAUGCUCUUUCCCGGCCCUGGACCACACCUGCUCCCCCCACAUUUACACACACACACGCACACAUUCAGUCGAUAUGGGGUCCACUGACGCUGUGAGGACGGGUCCCAUUAAAACACUAAAACACCCACGUUUUGUACAUAAUUUUCUGUGUAUGUUUACAUUGACACAGUAUAGGUGUCAUGCAAGGAGGGGGGCAUGCAAACACACACAAACACACAUCUCAUUUACAGUACAUGUUAUCUGCAGUCAUCUGAGCCAGUGGAAAUGUGUGUUGUUUUAUUUUCCGGGGGCUCACUUUGUCACCUUUUUGAAUCCUGCAAAAAACAUUUUUAGUCUUGAGUUUGGCAGGCGUUCAUGAUGUCAAGGAAUUGUUGUAUCCUCGCCUUUAGAGGGUUAUUUAUAUUGUUUAUUUGGUUGUAUUAUUUUUAAUCUGCCAUGUGUGUCUAUGUGUGUGUGCACAAGCGGGGUUUUUCACCACUCUAAAUCGUAAUUUUGUCUUAAAAAAUAUGAAAUGUCUUAAUUCUGUAAAAGAGGAAAAUAUAUUUAUCAUACACAUCACCUCUCAAGGCAGCAGUCUUAUUUUAUUUGGAAUAAAAGUGAAAUGUGAAUUUGUGAGACACUGAGGAAAAGCUUCAUUAAUUAUAUUGUUAUUUUCACUUGUAUUUGUGUAACAGAGAAAGAGGGCACAUUUUAAUUAUAAUGGAGGGGGUAUGUUUUUUCCUGGCCUGCAAUGAGAUGUCAAAAAUAAAAAAGGAAAUUUCAAAAGCUGACGGUGUUUUGAGAUCAACACCUUUUGUUUUUUUCUGUGGAAAUAAAGCAGCUUUCUGGUUUAUAAGCAAA